UCCACCACAGCAUCCCAACGGAACCCGUUGAAAACGCACCAAGGCCACCAUAAUUUCCGUCCCCCCAAGUUCGUAGCCAAGAGAAGAAGCGGAAAUGGAGCAGUCCGGCGCCAAGAAGUCGAACAAGAUCACCGAGAUCGUGCGCAUGCAGCAGAUGCUCAAGAAGUGGCGCAAGCUCUCGGUCGCCCCUAAGCAUCCCGGCUCGCCCACCGCCGGCGCCGGCGCCGAUGGCAACGGCGGCGGCGGCGGCAAUGCCGGCGAGAGCAAGGCCAAGAAGUUCCUCAAGCGGACGCUGUCCUUCACGGAAAGCCCGCCCUCGGGCUCCCCGCCGCCGCCGCCCAAGGGCCACCUGGCUGUGUGCGUGGGCCCCGCGAUGCAGCGGUUCGUCAUCCCGAUGGAGUACCUCAAGCACCGCGCCUUCGCGGCGCUGCUGCGGGAGGCCGAGGAGGAGUUCGGGUUCCAGCAGGAGGGCGUGCUCCGCAUCCCCUGCGAGGUCCCCGUCUUCGAGACCAUCCUCAAGGCCGUCGAGAAGAACAAGGACGCCGCCUUCUGCUACUGCAGCGUCGAGUACGCCGCCGACGAGGUCGCACGCGGCACUCCCAAUAACCCGCUCUGCAGAUAGGUGGAGCUCAAUAACAAAACAAAACAAAAGAAAAUGUUCUGUUUUUUCUUUUACAUUUUUCUUGUGUUUUGUAAGCGUGGUGUGGUGAGGGAUGAAUCGAUAGUAUCUCCCCCCACGGAGUAGAAUUACUGCCUGAUUUUAUCGCUGUUGAGCUGAGCUGAUCUGGACUGGGUAAUGCAGCCACCAUGGAUGCAACUGAACUGAACUAUGGAAAGAUUGAUUGGAAAUGAAGGAUUUUUCUGUGUUC